CGAACACGAAUUAACCAACGUGCCAAUAGUCCCUGGUAUGCACACACAUACUCAUCCCUCUCUCAUCGUCUCUGCCCCUCCGCCCGCAUCUGUCAGCCCUCCAUCGCUCUCUAUCGUGGUGGGCCGCCUCGAGAAGGCCAUCACAGCAGGGGGGACUGGCUGUACAUCCCCCCCACUGUCCUUGUCUGGCGUCAUGUGUCGGCGGACUGGUUCGGCUGAUAGCGAGCGAGAAGGGUUCGCCUCAGAGACACCUGUAUUGCAUGCAUCCGUACAUUCACGAAUGACACGAGCACUUGUGAUGCCUAUGUGCACCCACACCCAUACUUACCCUUUUCCGGCUUUGGGGCUUGUGAUGCAUCGCGGUACAAGCGACUGAAGAUGUCACCUGUCCAACACACAACGAACGAUGUGCUCCCUCUGUCGCGCCUGUAUGUCAGUCGCCACAGCCCCGCGACCAGCCGUGUACGCCUACCGUCUCUCUUGAGGUUUCGUGCCUGUUCAGUAAUGGCGGGUUUAAAGGUCGCAUCUGGCGCGACACGGUGGUCCACACUCGUGUGUUGGGACCGGUCGAGACGCCGACGCUGACACAGAAACAAGGAAGGCAUCAAUCACGGAAUGCCUCCCGCCUGACUUACAUGUAUGUCGCGACUCAUUCUCUCGAGCAGACCGGGGGGCAAACCGGCCUGAAGCAUAGCAACGGACGCAGCGCGGGCUGAGGGACAGACCGCCAUUCCUCCCUCCCGCCUACCUUUCGGAAGACCUGCCGGGAUGCGUUUGAGACCACGGGGGCAAACGUGCACUCACCAGACUGAUGACACCCACCCACACACACAUCAGGGUGUCGGUAUGUGAUUCCACGCACCUCUUUCUCGUGUUUCUGGUGUAUCUGUUGUCGCCUCCUCUGUUCCCUGUCAGUGGCCCAGCGAUGCAGAUCGGACACCACACGCGCGCCGGGCGGCCUGUCGUGUGUCCUAUGUCUGUUGAUGUGGGGGGCCCGCAGCUGCUCUCUCUCGCGCCGCAGCUGAUCCGCGCUGACACACAUACACAGAGGAGGAUGCCAGGCGUGCGAGUCUGUGGCUGGCUGAGUGUUACCGUUCCUUCUCCAGGGCUUGCUCACGUUUCUUCAGAACGCUGGCCGACUGCAUAACACAAACAACCACACAAAUGAUCACACAUGGAUGAUCUUGCCAGUCACGAACGCCUGUUGCCUGCCUUCCAUUACCCGUUCGCUAAUAGGCUUGAUGCCCUGCGACAGCCGACGGGACCGGGCAUUCAUCAGCGGCGCCUGUGGGGAACACAGACACAGACAUAUAGACAGGAAGGCUAGCCGGUGAUGCACUGGAGAGCAGGCGCAUAUAUAUGUUCUGUCGGUGCCUGUGGUAUGGUUUCCGCUGGAGGUCUCUUGGACAUGCGCACCUGACCGACGAAUCAACCGAUCAGACAUGCGUCCGUGUGUGCUGAAUCUCCGCUCACUCACCACUCUGUCCGACUGCCGUCGCCCCAGCACGCUCCUGUUCGUCUCGCCCUUGCCAACCAAACCGCCAGCGUCACCGUCCCCAUCCGUCCGGACACUCUCCUGCCCCGCGUGUGAUGAUUGCGAGGGCAGCGCCGGCACGCCGAUCCAUGAGGGGGGCGUGCAGCUCACCGUGUACAUGGGAGGGGGACUGGCGGGGGGCAGGCGGGUGAAGGACAAGGCACGGACGGGGGAAGCCGAUGUGUCGGAGGCAGCAGCUGAUGGAUGGGAUGGCAUGGCAUGACACAAAAUAUAAGAGCACAAGAGGGAGAAGGGACAGUGGCAGUGGAUUCAGAUGCAUGGCGGUGUGUGUACCCGUGUCCUCGUCGAGCGCCGAGUCCACCAGCUGCGACACACGGCAAGCCAGAGCGUCAAUCUCACUCUGGAAGGGGCACAAGAAACGUCAUAGACAGUGCAAUGGAUGCGGCAUCGUCAUGGUCUCACCUCGGAGGCCGUCAGCAGAUGCUGCGGCACAACCCACCCCUCGCUCCAUCUAUACUCACCAUUAUCACCCUGCACCGCAGCAUUGAUGCAUGCAUUCAAUAAUCAAAACGGUGCUCUCCGGCUGUGUGCCCUGACAUGGGCUUCUAUCAGUCGCUCUCGUUGGUUCUGCUCCUGCCUCCAGUGCCUCUCCAGUUCCCCAAGUGAAGGCACGGCCGCCAUGCAGCGAUGCGCAUAGAAUGAGAGGGACCGUCUGAGGCUGCCGGGAACAGUUGUAGCUGCAGACAGAUCUACGCUAUCAGGCUGAUCAGAC